AUGUCGGAUAGUCAGUGCAAUGCGAACGAUUAUACGGUGGGCUGGGUGUGUGCGCUCCCUUUGGAGAUGGCCGCCGCACAGGGAAUGCUCGACGAGAUCCACCCAAACCUGUCCGAGCAGGCGUCGGGCGACCAUAACAACUAUGUCCUCGGACAAGUCGGGGAACACAACGUUGUCAUCGCCUGUCUGCCAGUGGGGAUCUACGGAACGACGCCUGCGGCUACCGUGGCCAAAGACAUGCUGCGCACCUUCAAGUCGAUCCGAUUCGGCCUGAUGGUCGGGAUCGGUGGCGGUGCACCAUCGUCAGGUCAUGACAUUCGGCUGGGUGACAUUGUCGUCAGCCAGCCGUACGGGAAGACUGGAGGCGUGAUCCAGUACGACCGAGGGAAGGACGGACUUGACGGCUUCGAACGAACUGGGUCGCUCAACACGCCGCCUCAACUCUUAUUGGCUGCGUUGGGUCGACUCCAGGCCGACCAUCUCAUGAGAGGCAGUCGCAUCCCCGGCUUCCUGUCCGAGCUUCUCAACAAAUACCCGAUAAUGAAAAAGGCAUUCAGCUUCCAGGGCGAGUCGAACGACUGUCUGUUCCAGGCAGAAUACGAGCACGCCGGCGGUGAUUCUGGGUGCGAACAAUGCGAUCGUACACGAGCCGUGCAAAGGGACGUUCGGGACGACGCCGAUCCGGUGGUGCACUAUGGCAAUAUCGCCUCGGGCAAUCAGGUGAUCAAGAAUGCACGCACACGAGACCGACUGAGCAAGGAACUCGGGGUGCUCUGCUUCGAAUUGGAGGCGGCCGGGCUGAUACAGGACUUCCCAUGCCUGGCGAUCCGGGGCAUCUGCGACUAUUCCGACUCACACAAGAACAAGGCAUGGCAGGGGUAUGCGGCGGCGGCGGCGGCGGCGUUCGCAAAGGAGCUUCUUUCGGCCAUUUCCCCCGAGCGCGUGCUCCAGGAUAAGGCCAUACCGCAGCUCGUUUCGGACCCUGUGGCCCAAGAGCUGUUGGCCGCCACUAACGAAACGAUCUCAAAGCACGCAACAAAGCAAGACACUAGAUACGAGAACGAUAAACAGAUCGAAUGCCACCGGUGUUUCAAAACCUCUCAGUAUGAGGACUUCAAGAACAUCAACCCCGACCGUGUACCGGGCACAUGCAAGUGGGUCCUGGAGCACCCGCAGUACAAGAAGUGGCGACAGAGCUCGCACGACAACCUCCUCUGGAUCUCGGCGGACCCUGGCUGCGGCAAGUCGGUGCUGGCGAAAGCUCUUAUCGACGAGGAGCUCGAUAACACAGGCGAUCAUACGGUGUGCUACUUCUUCUUCAAGGACAACGAGGCCCAAGACGGCCUCGCGACGGCGCUAUGCGCUCUCCUCCACCAGCUCUUCGGUCGGCUGCCCCACCUCCUGCGCCACGCCGCAAAUGCGUUUGAGAAGAACGACCACAAGCUGCAGAAUGAGGUGGACGAGCUGUGGCGUAUCUUUCUGGCUGCUGCUACGGAUGACUCUACGGGGGCCGUGAUCUGCAUUUUCGACGCCCUAGACGAAUGCCAGAGAGACGGUCGUCGGAAGCUCGUCCGACUAGUCACGGACUUCUAUGCCCGGCGCGUGUCGGCAUCAACGAGGACGUUCCCGUUGAAGUUUCUCGCGACGAGUCGCCCGUACCAGGAUAUUGAGUCUGGCUUCAGCAACGUCCCCCCCGCGCUUCCGUCGAUUCGGUUAGCCGGCGAGGAGAGCAAUGCGGACAUCAGCGAGGAGAUCAACCUCGUCAUUCGGCAGAAGAUACAGGAGCUUCGCACAGACCAGGAGGUCCGAGAUAUGUUGCAAGCGAAGCUGCUAGCAAUAUCCAACCGAACCUACCUCUGGCUGCAUCUCGUCUGGGACGAGUUGCAGCGGAGCAGACGCAGUAAGACGGCACUUAUGAAAAAGAUUGACUCGCUUCCAUCAACAGUCGAACAAGCUUACGAGAGCAUUCUCGGCAGACUUCGCCCUGAGCAACGAGAAGAUGCGCGAAUCCUCCUUCACAUUAUCGUGGGAGCUCGACGGCCGCUCACACUCAUUGAAAUGGACGUGGCAUUCCAGCUGGCUGUGGACUCACCGGGUGCGACAGCACACGAGGAGCUUGAACUUAAUACCGACCGUGUCAAAUCCGAUAUCCGAGAGCUGUGCGGCCUCUUCGUUUUCAUCAGCGACAACCGGAUCUACUUGAUACACCACACGGCGAAGGAAUUUCUAGUUGCAAAGAAAGGUGUCAAAGAAUCGACUGGGAAGUUCUGGAGGCAUUCACUUCGAGGGGAGUUCUCCAGCCAGAUCAUGACGCAAAUAUGCGUACAAUAUCUCUCUUUUCGUGAUAUCGGAGAUAAUCAUCGCUACAAAAUGAGAAAAGCAGAUUCCGACGCGAGAGAUUUUCCACUAUUGGAGUACUCUGCGGAGAAUUGGCCAGCACAUUUCCGGGAUACGGAUGACGCGGACGAGGGCCUCCUUAGCCUCAUCUUUAAGCUGUAUGACGCCAAGACGGCACGGUUCGAGACAUGGUUAUCAAUUUUCUGGAAUGCUGCGUAUCCAUACCGUGGUCGAUAUGACCUAAAGCCACUGCACUUGGCGGCGUUGAAUGGCCAUACCCAGGUUGUAGAGCUGCUCCUGAAGGAGGGGGCGGACGUCAACGCGGAGGGCGGCGGGUACAGCAACGCUCUACAGGCCGCCUCAUCCGAAGGCCAUGCCGAGAUUGUGAGGCUGCUCCUAGAGAAGGGGGCGGACGUUAACGCGGAGGGCGGCGUCUUCGGCAGCGUUCUACGGGCCGCCUCAUCCGAAGGCCAUGUCGAUAUUGCGAAGCUUCUCCUAGAGAAGGGGGCGGACGUGAACGCGGAGAGCGGUAUCUCCGGCAACGCUCUACGGGCCGCCUCAGCGAGAGGCUAUACCGAGAUUGUGAGGCUGCUCCUAGAGAAGGGGGCGGACGUUAACGCGGAGGGCGGCGCCUUAGGCAACGCUCUAUGGGCUGCCUCAGCGAGAGGCUAUACCGACAUUGCGAAGCUUCUCCUAGAGAAGGGGGCGGACGUCAGCGCGGAGGGCGGCGAAUACGGCAACGCUCUACAGGCCGCCUCAGCGAGAGGCUAUACCGAGAUUAGAAAGGGGGCGGACGUUAACGCGGAGGGCGGCGUCUUCGGCAACGCUUUAUGGGCUGCCUCAACGAGAUGCUAUACCGACAUUGCGAAGCUUCUCCUAGAGAAAGGGGCGGACGUCAACGGCAACGCUCUACGGGCCGCCUUAUAUGGAGGCCACGCCGAGAUUGUGAAGCUUCUCUUAGAGAAGGGGGCGGAUGUAUGCCUCAAGGACGAUACAUUUGCGCAGACAUCACUGUCCUGGGCGGCUGAGAACGGCCAUGAAGCAGUCGUCAAGCUGCUUCUCGCCGUGGAUGACACAGACGUUGAUACGCUGGACCAUUCCGGUCGGAUGCCCCUGUCAUGGGCUGCGGCUAAUGGACAUGACGCUGUCGUCAAACUUCUGCUCGACUCCAGCAGAGUGAAUAUCGAGUCGGUGGACGUAUCUGGUCGAACAGCACUUACAUGGGCCACCACAAAAGGACACGAAGGCGUAGUCAAGAUGCUUCUCGACGCCUAUGCCGCUACGGCUAGCAGUAUUGUCCAGCAGACACUCUUUUCAGCCGUAGCGAAAGGACAUGAGGCGGUGGUUGAGAUGCUCAUCGAAAGGAACGGUGUCGACUUGGCUGCCGAGGAUGGAUGUGGUCUCACCGCUUUGCAGUUGGCCGUCUUCAAGGGCCAUCAAGCUGUGGAGAAGCUACUGCUGGCACACGACGCGGUGGUAGUUUCGGACUUCUAUAGAUUUCGUUUUCUAUUCGGGGAGAAUAAGCAUUGA